UGUCAUUUUUGGCCGGCAAUAAAUAAAUUAUUUAUUUUGAAAGAUUUUUAGUGAGUUUUUGGUGAGCAGAUAAAAAAAAUAACAUGUCCAUAGACUUUUCUUGGUGGAAAAAAGCUCCUCCGAUAGUGGAGGAUACGGAAGAUGUUCUCCGACAGUAUAUUCUCGAACCGGCGAUUCCAGUAAACGAGCCGAAGCCUCACUUUCAACCCCGUUUGCCAACGGUGGAAUCAUUGUACGACAUUCCCCCGGCUCCGCAUAGCACACGGAUCGUUCCGGAACGAUGUCAAGAAACCGGAAAGAUAUUUGAUUUCAUGGAAGUUCAUAUCGAAAAUGCUGGCAGCAAUGCAAAGAAUUCCAUGUCACUGCAACGGGAACCUGGGCCAGGUGACGAUUCAACCAGGGGAUCGGCCUCGUAUUUUCCCUUUUGGCCGGGUGGUUUUGACGAACCGGAGAAGGCUAUUCAAAUGCUGGAUAUUGAUAAUGCGGUAUUUGAGGAGAAUUUGAAGACAUGUCCGCCCGGGUUCACAAACGGCAUGGAUUUUAGCGAUAUAAAAAGUUCGAAUGGCGGUAUAGUGGAUCUUCUGUCCAUAAUAGAGCAGGAUACUGCAGGGCUAACGGUUUGGGGUCCAGAUGAUAGUGAAAGCGACGAUGAGCCUCGGUUCGAUGCUAGUACUUUGCAGAAAGUGUCUUUGGUUGAGAAUUUAGACGAAUCACUUCUAAAUGUGGAGCAACAUCAGUCAAAUGUGCUAAAAAUAGGUGACACCGGAACGAAUACGGUGACUUCUGCGGAAUGGGCCGAAAUUCUGGAUGUAUCUAAACCGGUGACAGAUUUUCAUACCAAAAUUCCAGACAUGGCGCAUAAAUAUCCAUUUGAGUUGGACAUAUUCCAGAAGCAAGCAAUAAUUAAGCUGGAAGAGCAUAAUCAUGUUUUCGUAGCAGCACACACCUCGGCUGGUAAAACCGUGGUUGCAGAAUAUGCUAUAGCCUUGUCAAAGAAACACAUGACUAAAACCGUCUACACUUCUCCGAUCAAAGCGCUGUCCAACCAAAAGUAUCGCGAUUUCAAGACGACUUUCGAAGAUGUUGGAUUGAUCACCGGAGAUAUCCAAAUCGAUCCUACGGCUUCGUGUUUGAUCAUGACAACGGAGAUUCUUCGAUCGAUGCUAUACUGUGGAAGUGAUAUAACACGUGACUUGGAAUAUGUUAUAUUUGAUGAAGUCCACUACCUGACGGAUGCCGAGCGUGGGCACGUUUGGGAAGAAGUGCUUAUUCUCCUACCUGAUCACGUGUGUAUUGUCAUGUUGAGCGCAACGGUGCCAAAUACUUUGGAGUUUGCCAAUUGGGUUGGCAAAACUAAAAAGAAACGUGUUUACGUCGUGAGCACUCCGAAGAGACCCGUGCCACUUGAACAUUAUCUUUACACAGGAUGUGGUGGUAAAACAAAGAACGACCUAUUCCUGGUCGUAAACGAACAAAGUAAUUUCCGGAUGGAUGGAUAUCGUAAGGCAAAAGAAGCUAUUACGACAAAGAUGGAUAAAAAUGUCAACAAAAAUGCCGGGCGUCAAGGUCAAUUCAAUCAGAAGCAAGAACAAACACUGUGGGUUGGUUUGAUUGACCACCUGCAGAAGAACGACAAACUGCCAGUAGUAGCAUUUACCCUUUCCCGUAAUCGAUGCGACAACAAUGCUACUGCGCUAAUGUCCUGUGAUCUAACGACGGCUCGUGAAAAAUAUUUUAUUACCUCGUUCUUCCAGUUGUGUCUGCAGAAACUGAAGCCACCGGAUCGCAUCCUUCCGCAAGUGAUCCAGGUUCAAAAUUGCCUACAACGUGGAAUAGGCAUCCAUCACAGCGGAAUUUUACCAAUUUUGAAGGAAAUUGUUGAGAUGCUUUUUGCCCGAGGGCUGGUGAAAAUUUUAUUCGCUACGGAAACAUUUGCGAUGGGAGUUAACAUGCCCGCCAAAACGGUUGUUUUCGACUCGACAAAAAAGUUCGAUGGGCAAACUUCACGCCUGCUGCAACCUGCGGAGUACACCCAGAUGGCUGGUCGUGCCGGUCGCCGUGGAUUGGAUAAGAUUGGGACCGUUAUCAUUAUUUGCAAAAUGGGUGUGCCCAGCGAAAGCGACUUGAGGAACAUGAUCCUUGGAAAACCGAUGCGCCUAGAAUCGCAGUUUAGGUUGACAUAUGCGAUGAUUCUGUAUCUUCUUAGGGUGGAGCUCGUUACAGUGGAGAACAUGAUGCUGCACAGUUUUAGAGAGUUUGAAAAACGACAGAAGCUCCCAGAAAGUAAAUUCGAAUUAAGUAAAAUGGAGGAGAAGAUUUCAAAGUUAAAUGAUUUGAGUGAACACUUGGAACCGCUGUGUCAGUUUUACGAUGCAGCCGUGGAGUAUUUGAGCAUAUGGGAUGAAUUUAUGCCCUUCAUAUACCUGUCGCAAAAAAUUUCCAAUGAAAUGAAACCUGGUCGAGUGUUGGUGAUAACGCAUAAGCAUCAUCAUAAUAAGCUAGCAAUUUUGCUCUCGGUCGUACAACAGGAUCAAAAAUCCGCUCGCUAUAAGGUGCUUGUGCUGGAUCACCAAAAUCCCAGUGCAGAAAUGGAAAAUCUAGAGCGUGGUGAACUAUGGCACCGUAUUUUGGCACUGUCAGCUCAGUAUCGUCAAUUCAUGCCCGAGGGAAUUGGUGGCCACUGCGUGUUACAGAUCACUCAAACGGAUGUGGUGGAUGUUACGAAACAAACUAUCAAAUGCGAUCCUGUUAAGAUCAUCCAAAAUUGGGACAACCGGCAAAUUCCAAGGUUCAAGGAUCAACCACCGUCGCAGUCCGUACUAGAUGCGAUGGCUGCUUUAAACGAACUGAACACUGCAGUAGUGAACGAUGCAAUUAGAUUGGAGAGUUUGAAAUAUCAACUAACUCUGAACCAAUUGAAGCAAAACAAAGAAUUGCAGAAGGCCAAAUAUAAUGUGGACAGAUAUCUUCCAUACACGGAUAUUGCCGACUUUGUCCAUGAAUUUUCCAUUGUGUUCGAUCGUAAGCAGUUGGAAAAUAAAUUAGACGAUCUUAAAUACCAGGUUUCAUACAAAAGUAUGUCACUGUAUCCGGAUUACUGCAAUAAGCUGAGAGUUCUUCAAGAUCUUAAGUAUAUCGACGACAUGCAGCAAGUGGCUAUGAAAGGACGUGUGGCAUGUGAAAUGGGUCAAAAUGAACUGAUGAUAACCGAGCUGGUGCUCAGGAACAUUCUUACCGAUUUGCAGCCAGCGGAAAUUGCCGCAUUGCUUUCUAGCUUAGUAUUCCAGGCAAAAACAGAGGUUGAUCCGAAAAUGACAGAAACAUUGAAAAAGGCUAAGAUACUGUUUGAAGAGGUUGAAAACGAUAUUCGAUGCGUUGAAAAAAUGUACAACGUUACGGAUAUUUUAGAGAAAGACGAGCUCAACUUUGGCCUCAUUGAAGUAGUCUACGAAUGGGCACGGAAUAAGCCUUUUGCAGAAAUAAUGGAACUAACCGACAUCAAGGAAGGUAUCAUAGUGCGGUGUAUUCAGCAGCUGAAUGAAACUUUGUGCAACGUUAAGGAUGCUGCGCGUAUCAUUGGGGAUCCGGUGUUGCACAGCAAAAUGGAGGAAGCCUCAAAUGCUAUCAAAAGAGAUAUUGUUUUUGCUGCGAGCUUAUAUACAUCUAGUACGCCGAUUGAGAUUGCAGAUGCAGAUGCAGAAUAGUUAUAAAUACGGUUUUUAUUAUUGGAAUUAUUUCGGAAAUAUAUAU